UCGUCAGUCAGCGUGCAAGCGAGCGUGCUCUCCAUACAGUUGCGUACUGCUGCUGCAGCUCCACCGCACGCAACAUGGACAUUACGAGCAGCGGCCAGGCGCGGAGGGUCUGAGGACGCGUCGGGACCGCCGAUACGCCACGCUGGGGCAGGGAUGCGGUGCCAUCCGACAGACGCACAUUGGUAGGCGAGUCAUCUGUCAGCGAUGUCCAAGAGUCUCAAGAAGAAGAACCACUGGACCAACAAAGUCCACGAAGCGGUGCUCUCCCGAAACAAGGAGGGCGAGCUGGGGUUCGAGUUGAAAGGGGGCGCCGAGAAUGGCAAUUUCCCGUACUUUGGCGAGGUGAAGCAGGGCAAAGUGGCCAUCCAGAGCGGCAAACUGUCCCAGGACGAGCUGCUCUUGGAGGUCAACGAUACGCCGGUGGCGGGGCUCACCAUCAGGGAUGUGUUGGCCGUUAUCAAGCACUGCAAAGAUCCGUUCAGACUGAAGUGCGUAAAGCAAGGAGGUGUUGUGGAUAAAGAUCUCCGCCAUUAUCUCAACCUACGGUUCCAGAAGGGUUCGGUGGACCACGAGCUUCAGCAGAUCAUACGAGACAACCUCUACCUCCGGACUGUGCCGUGCACGACGAGACAGCCCAAAGAGGGGGAAGUCCCAGGUGUGGACUACAACUUUGUGAGCAUCGAGCGUUUUAUGGAAUUAGAGAAAAGUGGGGCCUUAUUAGAAAGCGGUACUUAUGAAGAUAACUUCUAUGGCACGCCGAAGCCUCCGGCCGAGCCUACGCCCAUGCUGUUUAAUGUGACGGACCAACUCUUGCCCGGUGCUCGACCCAGUGCAGAGGGAAAAAGGAAGAGAAACAAGUCCGUCAGCAACAUGGAAAAGGACAGCAUUGAGCCACCAGAAGAAGAGGAAGAAGACAGCCCUGUCGUCAAUGGCAACGGUAUCGCCAUCACACCAGAAUCAAGUGAGCAUGAAGACAAGAGCACAGACGCUUCAGGGGACGUGCCCGCCCAGCCGUGCCCACCUGAGACCCCCACCCUCACCGCCACGGAUGCUCCUGAAGAAGAAGGAGAGGCCCCCAAAUCCCCACAAGACUCCCAGGAAAAUGAUGAUCUGGGGCCCUUGCCGGACAACUGGGAGAUGGCCUACACGGAGAAGGGGGAAGUUUACUUUAUAGAUCACAAUACCAAAACCACAUCAUGGCUGGACCCUCGACUAGCGAAGAAAGCCAAGCCCCCAGAGGAGUGUGAGGAACAUGAACUUCCAUACGGCUGGGAGAAAAUAGAUGACCCUAUUUAUGGCAGUUACUAUGUCGAUCACAUUAACAGAAGGACACAGUUUGAGAACCCCGUCCUAGAGGCCAAGAGAAGAAUGCAAAUGCAAGGUCAAGGUCUAUCAUCGCUGCCUUUGCCCACCAUAUACAGAGAAAAGCCUGCGUUCACGAGAGAUGCCACACAACUGAAGGGAACGUUCCUCACUACGGUUCUGCAGAAGAGCAACAUGGGGUUUGGCUUCACCAUUAUCGGGGGAGAUGAACCAGAUGAGUUCCUACAGGUGAAGAGCGUCAUACCUGAAGGACCUGCUGCACAGGAUGGCAAGAUGGACACAGGUGAUGUCAUUGUCUACAUCAAUGACAUCUGUGUAUUGGGCACCACCCACGCUGAUGUGGUGAAACUUUUUCAGUCCGUUCCCAUCGGCCAAAGCGUCACUCUGGUGCUAUGCCGUGGUUAUCCCUUACCCUACGACCCUGAGGAUGCCUCUGCUAGCUCCACCAUGCCUCCUUUGGGCCUAGUGGAUCAUCCAUUGCUUCUCAAUGGACGGAACAACUAUGAAAAUUACAUGGAGUACAUGUCUUUGACUGGCCGCUUGGUACCAGAGCAUGGCGAGGGGCUCCCCCCUCAUCCCGGAGACACCCACCUGGAUGGCUCGCAGCCUCCUUCGCUAAACACUCCAGGACCCCCACCCGACGACAGCAUCUCCAUGGCUUCGUCUACGGGAGCGACAGCUGGGGCCCAAGUGCCCCCUGAGCUCCUGAGUCUCACUAUAACCAAAGGUGCAGAAGGUUUUGGGUUCACCAUAGCGGACAGUCCCACAGGACAGCGGGUCAAACAGGUUCUGGAACCCCAGGGCUGUCCGGGGUUAUGCGAAGGAGAUCUAAUGGUGGAGAUUAAUCAGAAGGGUCUUCAGGGACUCGACCACACACAUGUGGUACAGCUGCUGAAGGACUGUCCGGUGGGAACAGAGGCUACGCUUGUCAUUCAAAGAAGACCAGCAGCAGGUCUCUUCACAUCCUGGGAUCCCACAAAACAGUGGGACCCUCAAGGAAGCCCUCAGACGAGCCUGUCAACCACCCUUCACCCACACGGUGCCCCGCACCCCGGCCAGACCCUCCAUCGCUCGUCUGUUCCAGACACAGAGGGCUUCCACCUGGGCAAGCCCGACCCCUAUGACCUCUAUGAGAAAUCGCGUGCCAUUUACGAAAGCAGGCAGCCUCUUCCGCCACGGACAUUACUGGACUCUACAGGUGUCGAGUACCAGGAAGUGGAGGUGCACCUGCUGCGGGAGAAGACCGGCUUCGGAUUCAGGAUCCUGGGCGGAGAUGAGGCGGUGCAAGCAGUGAGUCCGGAGGCCCGUGACAAGAUUGUAAUCGGAGCGAUCAUAGAGAACAGCCCCGCAGAGCGGGACGGCAGGCUGCGCCCGGGAGACGAGCUGGUCUCCGUCGAUAGGAUGCCCGUGGGGGGGAGACCGCACCGUUACGUCAUCGACCUCAUGCACGCAGCUGCACGUAACGGACAGGUCACCCUGACCGUGAGGAGGAGAGUUUUGACGCAGCAGGGUCAGCCAUCGGAGGAAAACGGUGCAGUGGCCAAUCAAAGCAGCUCACCUAGAGGCCAUGCGGUGUGUCCGGUCAACCUGCCACCUACCACUGAUGUAGUUAUACACCGCAAGGAGAGCGAAGGCUUUGGUUUUGUCAUCAUCAGCUCGCUAAACCGACCAGAGACCACAACUACAAUAACUGUGCCACAUAAGAUCGGCCGCAUCAUUGAGGGAAGUCCGGCCGAUCGCUGUGGGAAGCUGAAGGUUGGUGACCGUAUUAUGGCUGUCAACUGUCAGUCUAUCAUCAACAUGCCUCAUGCUGACAUUGUCAAACUGAUCAAAGACGCCGGACUGACCGUCACCUUGCACAUCAUCCCUGAGGAAGACGUAAAUGGUGCUCAUUCAGGCCCCGCGUCGGAGAAGCAGAGCCCUUUGGUUGCCCAGAAGCACAGUCCUCAGACCCAGUCCAGCCCGGCGGCCCAGCAGAGUCCCACCUUGACACAGCCCAGCCCACCUGCUCCUCAUCCCAGCCCAGCCACCACACAACCCAGCCCCCUACUGGUGGAGCCAAGCCCUGGAGCUCCACACAGCAGCCCACCCGUGAGUCAGCCCAGUCUGGAGGCCAUGCAGACAGGCUCAGUGGUCACUCAGUCUGCAGCAGCUGCUGCUGUGGAUCCAGGUGGACAUGUGGUCCAGCCCAGCAUGGUCGGAUCAGUGCCAGUACCGCCACAACUGUACCUACAUGACACACGGUCGGAGGUGAAAGCUAGACAGGAUGUUAAACCUGACAUCUGCCAAGCCGCAUACACGGACUACAGACAGCCUCCGGUGGACUACAGACACCCACCUGUAGCAGACUACAGACAGCCACCGACCAUGGAGUACAGACAUCCACCUGCACUUAUAGACUACAGACAACACUCCAUCGCUGAUUAUCGACCACAGGACUAUGACUAUUUCACUGUGGAUCUGGAGAAAAGUGUGAAGGGAUUCGGCUUUAGUAUCCGGGGAGGACGUGAAUACAAAAUGGACCUGUUUGUUUUGAGGCUGGCUGAAGAUGGACCCGCGAUCCGCAAUGGGAGAAUGAGGGUUGGAGAUCAGAUUAUCGAAAUUAACGGUGAAAGUACGAGAGACAUGAGCCACGCCCGUGCCAUUGAACUCAUUAAAGCUGGUGGUCGACGUGUACGUCUGCUGUUGAAACGGGGCACAGGACAGGUGCCAGAUUAUGGAAUGGUACCUACCAACCUUUCCAUGUGCAUGAAAAGUGACACUCUAGCCUCACCCUAUUUCUUCAUAAUGGGACACUCUAAAGACACGACAGUGCCACCACCCGGAGUCCUGUCUCUCCAGCCACCCCUGCCUUGUCGGAAGUAGUUUUACCCCAAUAAAGUGACAGUCGCCCUUCAUCCCAUCCAGCCUCGAACCCGGACACGCCCUUACUGGCUCCUCCUCGCGGCACGCUGCCUCUUUGGUGGGCGUUCGCCCAAAGGACAGAGGGUGGCGGGUCCACCUGCAGGAGCUCAGAUGAACUAAUAUGGGUUGAGACGGAUUUCAUAAAAGUGAAAGAUUUUUACAAACAGAUGGAGACUUAUCAACCUCAACGGAUUGUUGCGUCCCACUUACUUUUCAUGAAUUUACCGUACCAGUUUUUGUAUUGAUGAUCCAGUUACCGUCCAGAUGAAGUCAUUUUGGAUUCACACAGAGAAACGGGCUGAACUCUCAAAGCCCUUUCUUCUGUCCAGUGGACCCAGUCUCUCUUUAUUCGUAUAUCAUGUGGAGGUUGUUUAUUUUUCUGGAUCGUUCACACCACCAUCCUAAUGAUGCCGGGGGUCAAAUACUGCAAAAUAUAUGUGUAGCAUGAAAAGAGAUUUCAGAGGAAAUCAAGUAUACAUGACUUGAACACCACAUAAGUAUUGAGUUUUGUUAUCUGUCUGGUGGAAACACUGAAACGCUGACAAUAAGGACACAAACAGACAAGGUAUAGUAUGACGCCAACCCGUUUGGGCUGAAUUAUGGGAAAUUUACCAGGAAGUAAAUGCAUAUCAAUCAUCAAAUCUACUGCAUGGAUUAUCCCUUUACACACAAAUAAUGAACCCAUGACAGUACACAUAUUGGUAUAAUUUAGGUCUAUACCCAGAUGUACAUUCGGUUACAUAUCACAAACUGAAACUGCGGCGAGGACUGCUAUACUGUCUUUUUUUAUAUACAGUUUUGCAUCAUUCCAGCCUCAUUUUCUCUGUACUGUGCUUCAUGAGUACCGCCACUGUGGAGUCGGGGUACCAUUCCAGACCUCACGAGCAUCAUUCCCAAAUUCCUGAUGGUUUCAUAGUUCACAGAAGAGAAUUAGCUGAUAGGACUGGGCGGCAAGGUGAGAAUGAUGAAUUUUUUAGGACUGUUUGAUGUGAAAACAGGAGAAAUGUAGUCACGGUGUCCUAACCAGAUUUGAGCAAUAAUAAGCUAUUGGCCUGUUUACACUGAGAUUGAAAAAAGUGGUACGUGACAGCCCAUAAUAAAAGUACGUAAUGCUUGAUACGUAGUUAUGUACGGAUUAAUAAGAUGUCUCAGUCAAAUUUUUAAAUCGGGUCAUGGAAUUUCUGGAAUAUCAUGGAAUUUUAAGUGGUCCAGACAUUGAAAGUCAGGGAAUGUGAUAUAUUUUUUGUCCAAGUCAUGGAAUAUCAGGGAUUUUUGUUUUGUUGCUUUAAAUUUUAGUUUCCAUUUAUAAAAAUGUAAUCCGCUUGUUAACUUGUGUCAAAAGGAAUACUAUUUCCGGGUCCAAGCCUCCGCUUAAUACAAUUUAAACAGCUGUUUAUUCGCUCUGUUUUAUUUUUAUAAACUCACAGUGUACACUACAUUAUCCAGGCUCAUGGCAUACCCGACAUAGGUCAUGGAAAUUUAGCUUUUUAGUCAGGGAAAGUCAGGGAAUUUGACUUGGAGUGGGAACCCCGUUUUAUUGAUCCUCUGUACUCGCAAAAUAAGCAUGCUUGGUAUUUUGCGAACAAAUGUGACCCGUCCACAAAAAAAAUAUUUCUUUUGUCUGACGGCAUGGGUCACAAAUGCUUUCUCUGUUAUACUGAUGAAUGUUAUAUAGAGAUAUCGCUUUUUACAUUCCAGUUAAUUCCCAAUGAAUAUCACAUCACUCAUAAAUACAUCACAUUACAGAUCUUCUGUGUUGAAUUAUGUGCGUAAUUUGCAUUGAACAUAAUUUCAAAAUAUUUAUAAUAUAUUUCAUAAUUUGCCUGAAUACAUCUGACGUCAGCAGGAAAUGUGAUGCUUCUUACCAUGUUUGAAAGAUUUGGUUGCUAACAGGAGUUAAGUUAAGCCCUUUUCACACAGACAUUCCGGAAAAUGCAUCCUGGAUUUUGUCGGGAUUGUUUGAUUUUUUUGUUUUUUGUCUGAUCUCUGCUUUAAAGCAACACUAAAGAGUUUUUGCUCUUUGCUCCCCCUACAGGUUGGAAGGGGAAUUGUCCAUUAGCGCUGCCGUAAAUAAUUUAGCCUACUGCAGCAAAGCUGGCUCUGAUUGGAUUGUAGGUCUGCCGUAAAGCAAGUUUUUGUAGUUUUCACUCGUACUACAGGACCGCGACCCGACGGUUGGAAACUUCUUUAGUACGGUUUUGGCCGAUAGAGGGCUGCAAAGCGAAUGUGAACAUGCCGUUCACCCUGUUUCCAGUGAAACAUUUUUGGAAACGUUAUUUUAAGGUAUAAAAAACUCUUAGUGUUGCUUUAAUCCAGUUUUCAAACAUUUCUCAUUGUGAUUGUUAAUAUGCAUUUAAAACCCUCGUUUUGAGGACCUGAACGAUAUAUCUUGUUGGGAUGACACGCGGGCAUUUUUGUUUAUUAUAAGCUCAAACGAGCACGUGACGCAAUAUUCUUUUAUGCUGCUGAAUGAUCUCCGCUUCAGCGUGGUAAGUGAGCUAACUUACCUUAUAUCUGCGUCAGUCCAGUUUGCUGACUUUUCUCGUCGUGAAUGUUGUAAAUCCCUCAUUUUAAAGAGUUGAACCAACUUCAUGUUGCCCGUGCGUCAUUGUUUAUGCGUCAUUUCCUGAUAACUACUUUAAUCUAGUUUGCGACAUUUCUCGUCAUGAAUGUUGAUAUACAUGUAAAUCUCUCGUUUUAAAUAGCUGAACCAUAACUUUAGUUGUGUUGACGCCCAUUACGGCAUCGUUUCGGCUUCUUGUUCACACAGAGGGUUUUCUGUGUAUCUUACUAGGUCCUCUUUCCGGCAACGAUCCCAGAAGAUUUACGGUACAUGUUUGCGUUCACACAGAAGCUUGUCUGGCAAUUUUACAGGUAUUUUCUGGGACCAAAGCUUCGGACUCAGGCUGUGAGUCCGAAGCGGGAGUAAUUAUGAUAAUGUCUGUGUUGUCUACAUCACCAAUCACAGGAAGUAAACUGUUGCCUACAAUCCGUGUGUUUGUUGUAGUCCAAGAAAAGAGAUUUACAUUGGAGACGAUAACUCGCGUCAUCGUUUACUUUGGGGUUUGUACCUUUUGCAUAUCAUUAACAUGUACUAAUACACACUCAGACACCAAAGGAAAUGUAAAAACGUGAAUUGGACCAUUGGUGCUCUUUAAUACAGUCCAAUCUACUUCAAUGGGAAAAGGCUGAUAUCUCUAAAAUCUUGCUGUCAGUGUAAACAGCCUGUUAUGAUGAUUUAUGCAUUUGCCAGACACUUUUAUCCAAAGCCACAUACUGUGCAUUUAAACUAUUCAGUGUAUUUGCAUUAACCCUAAGAAUCGAACCCAUGACCUUGGUGCUGUCAUCGUCACGCUUUAACAUUUGACCAUAAAAGAUCUCUUUAUCUUUUGAUGCUUUGUUGAUUCAUAUCUGGUUAGGACACAGAAAUUGAUCUCGAAUUAUGAGUCUCCUUAGCAUGAAUAAAUGGGGGGCCCAUUUGAAUGGGACAGAGUGCCUUACCGGCAGGACUAAAGAGCAGAAAUAUGCAUUUUAAGAGCUGAGCAUUGUUUUUUUUACCACAGCGGUGGCAAACUUUGCCAGCCUUCCCUUAUUGUUUUGCUAUUAAAUGCAUAGAAAUCAAAAAUGGCUUAAAAGGGGAAGAAAGGUUAUCUGAUCUUACACCUGUAAUCAUAACAGAAAAUGAGUGAAUGCAUCGAGAUGUGUCUUUGUUGCAUAUUAAGGUGAAGUGUUAUUCAAACCACUAUCAUUCUGACCUUUCAUUAGAUGGAGAUAAUGACUGUGCUUUGUGUUGAAGCAUUUCAAUAUGAUAGCGGUCAAAGAAACAUUUACAAAAUCUCAUUGUGAGGAUUUUAUGCCAUGCCAGUGUUAUUUGCCUCUUUUUGUAUUCAUUUAAUAGUGAAUUCGUCUGAUGCUGCUCUCCACCUGUCAUUUGAAUCACAGGCUGAUAACUGUGCCAAUCAAACUGUUUUGGGUUAUGUGGAAUGUAAACGAAUUUUCAGGCAGUUUAGCGAACCGCAGGAAAUUCUGAUCAACUGUCCGGACCUGCGUCGGAAGAUUGCAUAUCAGUUUAAGCUUAUCACAUUCCUUAACAACGAAAAUGUUUUUUCUUUCAGUAUCCUUGUCUUGUUUUACAGUGCAAAUAUUUAAAUAUCCUUAAGAAAAUAUCCGUUCACUUGCAGUGUGCGAAAGGCUUUUUGGUAGCAUAAAUUAAAGGAAUAAUUCACCCCAAAAUUCUGUCAUUAUUUACUCACUUACAAAUUGUUGCAAACCUGUAUGAAUAUUUUUGUUUUGCUGAACACGAAGAUAUUUGUAAGCAAGCAGGAGCACUGUUCCAUACUAGGAAAAAAUAAAUACUAUGGAAGUCAAUGGUUUGGUUACAAAUCAUCUUCCUUUGUGUUCAGCAGAACAAAGAAAUUUAUACAGGUUUGAAACAACUUGAGGGUAAAUGACUGAAUUUUCUAUCCCUUUUAACUUUUGCUCACCCUAACUGGGGGGUCACACCAGACGCGAGUUCAACGAUGAGCGCUAGAAGAUUACAUACAAAGUCAAUGCAAUGACGUGAUCAGAUGCGUUCUCGCAUGGGGCGAAUGAUACGAUAUGGGCGGCGCGUUUGCCGCAAAAACUCGCACUAUUUGCCUCAAACGCGUCUUGGCCCAAGUUAAAAAUAUUCAACUCGAGCGAAAAAUUCGAGUUAAAUCCCGCGAGUAAUCUAGAGCGAGUAACGCGAUGCCCCGGAUUUGGUGUGUACGUAGCAUAACUGUGGGUUCACACCAGACGUGAGUUCAACAAUGUGCGCAAGUAGAUUACAUACAAAGUCAAUGCAAAGACGUGAUCAGACGCAUCCUCGCGUGGGAUGAUGCGAUAUAGGCGGCGCCUUUGUCGCGAAAACACGCGCUAUUCGCCUCAAACGCGUCUUUGUAAACGCCCACAUUGUAAAUAUUCAACUCGAGCGAAAAUUCGCAUGACACAAAGUUAAAUCCCACGAGUAAUUUAGAGCGAGUAACGCAAUGCCCCACGUUUGGUGUGUAUGUAGCCAAACUGUGCGUUCACACCAGAUGCGGAAGAGGCGGCAAGCGCGAAAUGGUUUACAUGUAAAGACAAUGCAAUGACGCGAAUAGGCAUCUUGUGGCACGAAUGGCGCGGGACAUGGAUAGCGCAAAUUGAGCGUUGCUCUGGGAAACACGCAAGUUGAAAAAUCUGAGCUUUGGCGGAUUACAGGAAGCGAGCGGUGUCGCAGAAGCCCCUCCCAUGUCGCAAAUUUCCGCAUUAAUGUUUCGAAUGCCUAGAAUUUCAUGUGCGAAUGAAGCGAGUAAACUCGAAAUGUUCAAGCGUCCAACUACACGCGAAUAACGCGUUUUGCUGCCUCUACCGCGUCUGGUGUGAACGCACAGUAAUACAUUUUUAAUAAACCUGACUUAUUAAGAUAAAACAUUUUAGGUUAUGAAAAGUAAAUCAUCCCCUGAAUAAAAGAAUUUGAGGAUAUUUCAUAUUUUUACUAGAAAACAGGACAUAGUGAUUCAAAUAUAAUUUUUCCAGUGAUGAGAUUCAAAAUGCACCCUGUUCAUAUCUCACUGAUGGUUUUCACCAUGCACAAAAUAUUUGUAGUCCCCCAAUGAUCAGCGUCAUUGGGAGCAGUGAGUUAAAUAAAACUGCUGUUUACAUGGAGAGACAGACAGAAACAGUGAAGGAAACGUCUGGAUGCAUUUAUUGCACAGCUCAUAGCUUUUACUGUUUGAAGCUGUAUCCUGCCUGCUGUGAAAAAUGAAAAAGAGAAAAAAAAACAUUUUGUAUUAUCGGGGAAAAUAUUGAAUCUGUGAAAGAUGGCACAUACUGGGGCCCAUUCAGAUCAAUAUUACUGUCUAGUGUUAGAUGUGUAUUUACCUUGUACAGCUGUACGCCUAUAAAUAUGGUUUAAUGUAUUAUUGAUAGUUUCAAAGAAUAAGUGAUCAAAUAUUUUUAUGAAAUGCAACAGUAUGGAUAUAAUAAAUUUUGCUAAAAUCUUGUUUACCUGUAUGAUAUUCUGAUAAACUGUUAAAUAAACUCCUGACAGAG